CGAAAUUCUCGCGAGACUCAAUCCGUUGUCACAGAAAACAAUAUGGCGACAGACGAAGAACGUCGGGAGUCGUACGUAGGAGAAAAACGCAUGUUCUUGCGUGACGGAUAUGGAGUAUAUGUAUAUGAGAAUCAGUUCUUUAGAUAUGAGGGAGAAUGGCAAAAGGGCAAGAAACAUGGUCAUGGUAAGCUUAUAAUGAAGGAUGGCACUUACUAUGAAGGUCAGUUUGUGAAUGGAGAAAUCAGUGGGCAUGGCUUCAAGUUCUUUGCUUCUUCCAAGUGCAAAUACACAGGAGAGUUUCUCAAUGGUGAACUUAAUGGUCACGGUAUCAUGCAUUACAGUGAUAAUACCAUUUAUGAAGGCCAGUGGCAAAAGAAUAAAAAGCAAGGUUUUGGAAUACUCCGAACUUCUCCUAAAGCUGUUUACAAAGGACAUUUUCAAAAUCACCUGAGGAAUGGAGAAGGAUCACAAACCUAUGAAGGAAUCCACAUUCUCAGCAAUGGGGAUCAGUAUCAAGGUUACUGGGUAAGGGAUAAGCGCCAUGGACACGGUGAGCUCCUCUGUAAUGAUGGCACUCUCUAUGUUGGUCAGUUUGCUGAUGACAAGUUUCAUGGAGAAGGGAGAAUGCAGCAUAUAUCUGGAAUGUCGUACAUGGGACAGUGGCAUUAUGGUUUUCCAAGUCACUUAGCAACAAGACUGGUGCUGAUAGCAGAUGAAUCACCAUUGAUGAUAGAGAAGGACCAGACCUUCAAUAUUCGUGUUCAGUGCCAGGAUGAUGAUGGCAAUGUCAUUGUUGAAGAUGAAGGGAGAGAAAUCCAGGUAUCGGCAGGUUUCAAGUAUUACCCUCCAAAAGAAGGUGCUGUGUUGUUUGACAUGAUUGAAGAUGUUGAAGAGCAUCCUAUAUCAACGCCUUUUGGCUAUGAUGUGGUGUCCUACCCUUUGACAGACCAACCCAUUGAGGAUCAACAGGAAAGAAAGGGAGACAAAGCAGCAAAAGAGGAGGAUGGUGAUGACAAAGAGGGAGAAGCAGAUGAAGGAGACAUGGACGACCCUGACAAAGAAAGGAGGUCAGAGCAUAAACCAAGCAUGGAAUCAGUGGACAACAUAGCUGGCUCUUCUCAUUCUGAAUUGUUUAAAGCCAAAAGUCUUGCCCCUCAGUCAUGUUCAAAUCUUGUUUUUGCCAGGAACCAAAUACAGAAGUUCAGAACCCUGCAGGGGAACCAUUGCAGAAUACCUCAAGACUCAUCUAGCAUUGUGAAAGAAUCAGAGAUUUAUUCCCUGCCUCCUCCUGUAGCUACCCAGCGAACAGUAAAGGGUGAGGUCCAGUGGUCCAGUUUGAGGUUGGGACCCCCUCCUCCCAUGUACAGACCAUUCAUAGCUAUGGAGGAGGAGCGCAAGAAAAACAAGAAGUCUCUCAAAGAAAAACCAAGUUAUACUGGAGGAGAAUGUGAAACAGACGCAGAUGAUGGAGUGGAAAAAAAUGUUGAAUCCAAGGAAUUGAUAAAGGAAGUUGAAAUAAGUAAACCGAAAACAGAGAAAGAAGGGGUCAGCAAGGGCAAGGUCAAAGACAAGAAGAUGUGUCCUAAUUCCCCACGAUCUGAUAAAAGGAAGAAAGAUAUGUGUGAAGUUUCUGAGAGAAAAAUAAAGAUAGAGGAAUCAGCAGUUGAGAUUAUAGAGGAACAGACGAUUGAGAUCUUCUCAUGUUUUAAUUCUUCUUUUUCAGUUUGUGUGCUGAUGUUUACACUGAUUUAUUUCCUUUUGCUGUUUUUUUUUUUUUCAAUUAAAAAAGCUGACCGAAAACAGAACCAGACUAAGGUCGAUAAUAAGGACAAAGCAGAUGUAACAGACGAAAUUUAUGCAAGAACAGGGGAAUAUGUCCUGAUAGUCACUGAUGUCACAAAUCCUCCAUUCUUUGGCAGACGGCCGGAGCCUGCAUUCCUUCUUCUCAAUGUGAAACAAAUAAAGAAACUCAACCCCAAGAAGUCAAAUGGUCCAGUGGAACACCGCCCUAGGUGGGACACUCAGCGCCACAUUGUUGCAGCCAUGCAACGAUCCAGUGCCGAUCACUGAGACCUGUUCAACAUCUUUAUUGACAUGAUAAGGUCAAGACGGUAGAUGGAAAUCCUCCCAUUUUUUUUUUUUUAACGAACAGUAGAGAGCAAGGCAAAGGAUGCCAGAUAGGCCCAACUGAGGAGGGCUGCUGGUGAGAUGAUGUUUUGGCCCUAUGCUCCUCAAGGAGUAGCAAAGACUAAACAACAAAGCAUCCCAUUUUAUGCUAAAGGCUGACCCUUGGGAAACAUGAAAUCAAGCUCGAAGAUGUGGACAAGUGAACAGAAUGCAGCGCCAUCAUUAGUCAUUUCUUAUUUGUCACUGAUAACUAUGCAUUAUUUAUUAAAUGAUGUAAAGAAGCCUAUUCUAACUUCUCAAGUACUUCAAGACUGCAGUCGGUGUGAGUUUUGAAAAUAUGCAAUGCAACUAGAAUUUCUAUGACUUUUAUUGUGCUCACCUUCCAGCAAAACUCUAUGUGCAUAGAUACUGACACAGGUAGAUACUGACAACAGUCUUUUGGCAAGAACCAAGAAUAAAUUGGUGUUUGACAAAUGAGCAAUUUAAUUUAGGUUCUUUAUUUUAAAAGCAAGCAAAAGUGUUGAAAUUCACUUUUGGAUUCCACUGAAAUUAUUCAUUUUGAAUGUCUUAUGCCAAGGCAUCCACAAACUACAGCCCAAAACACAGUUCAAGCAUAAAAAGAGAAGACAAUGAUAACUGUACACUUUGAAAUAGACCUCUAUGGAAUUUCUACCACAACAAUUUCUAUGAUAAAGUGGAAGACAAUUGAUGUUAAUGCAAUACAGAAACAGAACUGAGGCAUGUAGCUGUUAUUGCUAGGCCUUGUAGCUUCUCUAAGCACAAAAAUAAAUAACACACAUAUUUGCAUGCACUCCCAUACACACAGGCUUAUAAGACACUUUAAAAAAAAAAAAUCAGAAUCUACAAAAAUAAGCCAUACAGAUAUGUUGUCUAUUUAGAAUCUUGUCAUCUGUCACAAAAAACCAGACCAGCAUUUUGAAAGGCUUGUCAUCACACCAGUGUGUACUGGAACUCAUGCUGAUAAACUUAACAGAUGCAAAGAUGUUACCAUGGAUGAAAACAAAAUUAAAUAAAGAUAAAAAAUGUUCAUUUGUGGCAGAGUAAAACCUAAUGGAGCUUUUUUAGCAAUGGAACCAUAGGCUCCAAAGGGGACAGGUUGUAGGGAUGAUCAUGAAUGACACGACAAUGGCCCAUAUUUGCUGUAAAAUGGAAGGGAUCCCUCAAUCUCUUUUAAAAAAAAAAAGUACUAACUGUGCUCAGAGCUAAAUGUUUGAUGCCUAUUAUUUUAUUUGCUUUUACUGGCACGGAAUCUCCAUGAAGGCAAGCACGACUUUAUGAUUCCAAACUGUCAAGCUAUUACUGAAGACAGCUCCUGAGAUGAUUAUAUAUGCUUGAACAGCAUUAUGACAAAUGUCAUCGAAAGAAGCCCUGAUUUAAUAUGAUUCUAUUAAAAAAUACCUCCAAAUCAUGAAAAGUUAAGAAUCUUGGUCACUAUGAAUUGCAAGAAUAAAAAAGGACAUUACCUUAUACCAAAGAUAAACCCAGUUCACUCAGCAAUCAUCAUCCUAUGCUGUCAACAUGUUUCUUGUUUGUGACAACUAGACCACGUGACAUUUAAGGAUUGCUUACAAAUCACUUUUUUUUGUGAAAACAUGACAUUCCUUAACAAAUUGAGCAAUGUGUGUGACAACAGCCAUCAUGCAACCUUUGGUCACUGCACACUGUCCAAAUAGCGGUCAAAUUACACACUAAAUCGCUGUGGCCAACAAGUCAAAAUGUUGCUUGGCAUUACUGUAGCGCAAAUACAAGGGACAAUAAAUUUAGCAAGCAAAACAGCAUAAACAUUUCACACAAAGGGUCCAGAUCAAGUCUCUUAAAAACACUCAAAUUCACAGGCUGAUUUUUUUUCUUCAUAAACAAAAUUGAAGUUUCCACUAUGCUUGCCCAUUUUUAUAGGAAAAGGUAGUCGUGUUCCAUCUCAACUUACACAAGGACAGAGUCUUGGUGUCAUAUGCUCUGCCCUGUUCUCUGCUAAAUGAGUCUUUAGUAUACUUGUGUAUUACACUACCAUUCACUUGUGCAUUAAUUUUGUGGUGCCAAUGACAGGAAAAAUGCACAAAAAGACUUAAAUCAACCAUAAAGUCUCCCAAUUUUUAGAGACCUAUUACAUUAGGGGGAAAAAGCUGAAGGAAAAUGAAUGAACAGAUGCGAUGCAAAACAAGAAUUUUUUUUUUUUUUUUUUUGCUAUCAUCUGAAAAACAAUUAUAUAAAAAUGGAUUUCAAAUAAAAAGUUAUGCCUCGAACAUAAAAGAAACUGGUUGUGUAGAAGAAGUAGAGAAAAAUGGAAGACCUAGAAAUAAUAGUUUUGAUUUUGUACUAAAAGAAUUCCAUUGGUGAAUGCUUCAAAACAAUUCACGGUUUAGAGUAUGCAUGUUUUUCCUUGUGGACCCAUUUAUAAACAACACUAAAAAAGAAUCAGGCACUUCUUUUUUUUUAAAUCCACACUUUCCUUCUCACUAAAAAAAAUCUGCUUUUUUAAAUUUCAUUUUUGAAUGAAAGAAAUAUUUUCUAAGAUAAUGUCAUUGAUGAUCUAACCUUGAAUUUCUUAGGCAAAUUUGCCACAUAGGUUCUACAUAACUUGAAAAUAGAAUCAAUAGCAUAGAUUUUUAUGCCAACUUUUCUGUACUCAGUGUUUUUAAAACUCCAGUUUUAUGGUACACUUUCACAAUAGAAAAGGUUGAACAAGAACAUGGUUUCCAUGGAAAAUGGCAAGACCAUUAGAAUAAAAACAACUUGCAACAAAUGUAAAUUACCAUAAGAACCAACACUUUAUAAAGAAACAGUUUCAUGGUGUGGUUGCUAGGAAGUGUAUACAGAACACCAAAACAAACCCAGAAAAUUUGAGACAGUCACAUGGAAGAAAAAAAAGGGGUAAGACUAGAUAUGGAUCAAAAGCAAGCAGACAGUAAAAUAGUUCCAAUGCCUGCAACAGACAUGCUUGUGCUAAAUAAUUUUAAAAAUCACUAAAACAAGAACUUUGUGCCUUUCUGAAUGUUUUACUUCAUAUCACAAAUACUAAUGGAAAGAUGGUAAAAUGGCAAUAGCAGCAAAACUAAAGCUUUUACUUAAAAUCUAUGUUGGAGCUUCUCCAUCAACUGGUACACUGCUGCUUCCUUUGUACAAGGUACUAUCUAUACACUGUUCACAAUUGUUGAAAAGAAUUUGGUACAAUCAGCACAAUUUUCAAUACUGAAAUGGAAAGAGCCAUAUAAGCUGUAGAUACAAUUCUCACCCUUUUCUGUAACUUUUUAAGGAAUCUGAACACAAAUCUAUAGAAUUAUGACUUAAAAAUAUAACUUACAGGCACAAUUGCAUUAAAAGGAAGGUGGAACUCUGUUUACAUGGAAAAAAAGAAUUGCUACAACUCAAUUUACAAGUCACAUUAUUAACAAUUAGUAUUUGCAGUCUACCCUGCUCAAUAUAGAUAAAUAUUGCUUCUGCUAAUAUGCCAACAUGCCUUCACACACACACACUUCUCUAAAGUCACCUUUUGGUACCCUGUACACUUUUUCUCAAGCAUUUCACUCCCAACCUUCCCUUUCACAUCAAAGCACUCAUUCUGAAUACAAA